AUUCCACUUAAAUGACGUGGCGUGUUAUUAUUGGUAAAAGAACGAACCGAAGAGUACCUUAUUAACAGCCUUUCUCUUCUAAUAAGUCUCCAUUCAAAGCCAACAACUCCUCGUUUCUCCGUUAGACUCGAUCGCUACAAGCCAUGGCAGACGAGAUUGAGCUGAAAACUGCCCCUGCUGAUUUUCGAUUUCCUACAACAAAUCAAACUCGGCACUGUUUUACCCGGUACAUUGAGUUUCAUAGGUGCUUGGCAGCAAAGGGUGAAGAAUCCAAUGAAUGUGAACGGUUUGCCAAAUACUACCGUGCCCUUUGCCCUGGUGAAUGGGUUGAGAGGUGGAAUGAGCAGAGAGAGAAUGGAACAUUUCCAGCUCAUCUCUGAUCUUUGCAAAAGCACUUGAAUGUCAUAUUUGCUCUGUUCAUUCUCAUUUAAUGCCUUUUGUGGAUGCAGACUGUUCAUGAAUUAAUAAUACACCACUGGGAAUUCCCUUGAGCUUUAUGCAAUCGACAGUAAUUAUUUUGUACGAGUUGCACAAUUUUCUGGUUUCUGAGUAAUUUGUGAUUCCAUUUCAUCUUUGAUGUC